GGUGUUAUUGUUCCCGCGGAGGCACUCUAAGCGUGACGCCUGGCGCCGGGAGACGGAGGCGUGCAUGUGGGCUGCCGUUGCCGUUGCCGGAGCGACACCAACCCGAUGGGAUGGCUGAUUUCCAAGAGAAUAUGCGAGCUGCAGAGACCUACCAUCCUGGGUGCCCACCAGGCCUCUUCGGUGGAUCACGAUUGCAUCCUGGGAUCGAGGCGUCUUUGACGUCUUCCUAUGAUCAGUACGAUAUGUGGCAAGACAUCGAGACGGUGAUCCUGGGCGUGGGCGUGGGCGCGCCGCUGGCCGACUGCUACGCGCCUGCGGGGGCGGCGGAGGCGGGCCGCGACCAGCAGGUGCCGGUGGUGUCCCCGGGCGCGCUCUACGCCAGCCCGUCGCCCGCCGACGACGACGCCGCCAAGCCGGACACCGCCUCCUUCUAUUUCCCGCCUGCCGCCCCCGCGUCCGGCAAGGUGAAGCUGGAGGCGGCACACCACCAUCACCACCACCACCACCACCACCAGGAGGCCGCGACCGCGUACCACCGGCCCGUGGCUGCCUUCCCCUACUCGACGCCGACGUCCUCGUCGUCGGGGACGGGCCCCGGGCAGCACUUCCCGCAGCCUGCGGCCUACCCGGGCCAGUACGGUGCGCCGGCCCCGCCAGCUGCGGCCGCGGCCGUGCCCUCGGGCCACGUGCCCUUCGGCCAGAUCUCGCCUCCCGCUACGCCGGAGAAUUGCCCCGGCUUCUACCUGCACCACCACCACGCGCCAGCCGCCGGCUACGGCGACGUGUAUCACCACGGCCGGCACCCUCACCCGCACCCACACCCGCACUUCAAGAUCCUGACGCCGCCGUCAUCGCCGCACCUGCCCUUCCUGGGCCGGCAGCCCCUGGCGCCGCCUCCGCCGCCUCCGCCGCCAGCCCAGCCGCCCGCAACGACCGCGCCCGGCAGCGCCGUUCCCAAGCCGCGGCGCCGACGCAACUGGAGCCGGCGCAAGGUGAUCGUGCACACGUGCUCGCACCCGGGUUGCGGCAAGACGUACACCAAGUCGUCGCACCUGAAGGCGCACCUGCGCACGCACACGGGCGAGAAGCCGUACCAGUGCGGCUGGAAGGGCUGCGGCUGGAAGUUCGCGCGCUCCGACGAGCUGACGCGCCACUACCGCAAGCACACGGGCGACCGGCCCUUCCAGUGCCGCCUGUGCGAGCGCGCCUUCUCGCGCUCCGACCACCUGUCGCUGCACAUGAAGAGGCAUAUGACCAUGUAGUCCCCGCCGCCGCUCUCGUCGUUAGUGACAAACUAGUCAGCAAGGCCAGAAUUUCUUUCAUAUAAAUACUGUACAUAUCUGCACUACAAAAUGAAGUACCCGGACGGUCGAGUCAAAUAGAAAAGUCGAACACGUGUCGUAAAUACCUACAAACACGACAUGCCCUGUUGUUUUCAUAAUAAAGCUGAAAGCCUAAGGCGAUCAUUAUUUUUUCGAAAAAGAAUCGUAUUAGAUCCACUGUGCUGUACACAAUGUUUGCGUGGUAAGAAACGUGAAACUGGUUUCUGUUUGAAAGAGUGAUGUCGCUUAGUCAUAAGUGACUGGACUCGUAUUUGGUGGGUCAUCGGUUCGAGUGCUCAUCUGGCCAUCCAGAUUUAGAUUUCCCGUGGUUCUCUUAAAUCGCUCAAAGCAAAUGCUACGAUGAUUCCUUUGAAAAGAACAAGAUGAUUUCCUUUCUCAUUUUUCCCCUAUCCUCCUUCCUGUGUUCCAUCUCAAAUGAACCCGUCGUUGACAGUAAUUUAAACUAUAACCUUUCUUCCUUCCUUCGUCUCGUACUAACUGCUUAUAUGAACUAUUUGUAUAACAUUCUACUAAAGUAGAAAGCCGGCCGAAGUGGCCGUGCGGUUAAAGGCGCUGUAGUCUGGAACCGCAAGACCGCUACGGUCGCAGGUUCGAAUCCUGCCUCGGGCAUGGAUGUUUGUGAUGUCCUUAGGUUAGUUAGGUUUAACUAGUUCUAAGUUCUAGGGGACUAAUGACCUCAGAAGUUGAGUCCCAUAGUGCUCAGAGCCAUUUGAUCCAUUUGAACUAAAGUAGAAGCAAGCCCAGUUCCAGAAUAUUUUUCCACUCAAGCGGCCUGUGAUAACCCAUCCUUCCUCUCCCCUUUGUAAGUCGUUCAUUUCCACCCGUUUUAGGUGUCGUUAUUAAGUGUGAUACUCAUCGUAUACAGAUCUUGCAAUUGGGCGCCACUCUCAUCUUCGCAUUCCAAGCGGCCUCUUGUGUUGCCUGGGCCCUAAACUGGAUCUUAGUACAAUGGUCAAUUUCCAGUAGUGCUGGUUUCCAAGAAUUCCUUUAUACUUGAAAGUAAAAAUUAUCCUGAGCCAUGCCUCGAGCAAAAUUAAGAAACAUGGCAAUUUUCGGGACUCCUGGGGUCUAACCUCGGCACAGGCACUCAGCGGCCAGUCGGCAUCGUGCAUUCCUCAGGAACUGACAGCGGAGUUAGUUUCCUCUUAUUUCACCCAGUAAUGCUACAUGUUAUUUGGAAGUUUAGUUAAAUAAAUGAGACGCUUUUCUAAGCACCAUCAGCUUGCUAGUUUACUCUUGCCAGUGGAAACAAAAGGUAGCGAGGGAGAGACGGAAUCUUUUCAGCACAGAAGACAUUAUUUAAUUUAAUAAAUACAGCGAAUUUCCAUUUGACUCGGCUUCCGUAUUCGUGAAUAGUGUUUGGAUGACGUCCAUACGCCAGAAGUGCCUGAUCGAUUACCUAGACUGUAAGCGUUGGUAUCAGACUGCUAUUAGGACACAUCCUCUGGUGUACAGAACGUGUAUUCUUGCUUAAGAUAUUUAUAUUGAGACACAUACUAAGGUAAUAAAAUGUACACGACUGUGUCCGUUACCAAACCGACAUAACAGUUGUUUGUAAAAUAGUCGCUAGUUGUUAUUGAAAUAUGUCAUCAGUGAAAUUUUACGAUUUUUUUCUUCAUAAGGACGUCAAUCGCUAUCUUGUAAGUGCCAUUUUAUUCAUGUGUUAAGUAUAAUGUAAAUACAUGUAAAGAAGUUACAUUUUCAUGGAGUUGUUUGCAAUGCAUGUUGAGUACAAUUUGUAAUUUACUGUAUCGUUUCAGGAAUACGAUAAAAUAUGAGUGUUGCG